AUGGAGGCUGAGUUCGCAGGAGCUACAACGCCCGCAGGAGGGCACCGUAAGCGCAAGGCCCAGGGGGACCUCAGACGACCCCAACGCUCCAGCGGCAGCAGCAGCAGUGAGAGAUGCAACGCGGCCACUAGCUCGGUUUACAAAGCCCGCACCACCGACUUCCGUGUACUCGCUGAAGCCGUGUACACCAACAACUACGGAUCAGCAAGCAUUGACUGGAAGGACCCCUACGCCGCCAGGGAGGUGACGUACGCGCUGCUCAAGAACGACUUCGACCUGGAGCUGGACAUCCCCAUUGACCAGCUGUGCCCGCCGGUCCCCAAUCGGGCCAACUACAUCUACUGGCUGCGCGAUCUGCUCCACCGCAACAGCCCACAGCUCUGCACGGGUCCCGACACCCGCGUGCGAGGCCUCGACAUAGGCACGGGUGCGUCGUGCAUCUACCCGCUUCUCGGGGCCAAGAUCCACGGAUGGAGCUUCGUCGCCACGGACAUCGACGAGACGUCGCUUCGGCAUGCCCGCCACAACGUCGCCCUCAACCGGCUGGAGGCCACCAUCGAGCUCCGCCAAUCGCGCCCCGACGACCUUCUUCUAGGUGCGCUGAGGCCGGGAGAGGAGUUGGCGUUCAGCAUGUGCAAUCCGCCCUUCUUCGCGCACCUCGAGGAGGCCUGCCAGAAUCCGCGCACCGUCUGCACAGGCACGCCGAAUGAGCUGGUCACCGCCGGCGGCGAGGUACAGUUCGUGGAGCGCAUGAUCAACGAAAGUCUCGUCCUCCGUCACACCAUCAGGUGGUACACCUCCAUGCUCGGGAAGAAGAGCGACCUCAACGCCCUCUUGAAGACCCUUGCGGCCAAAGGGAUUGUCAACGUACACACCACGACAUUCUACCAGGGCAAGACCACCCGCUGGGGCCUGGCGUGGUCGCUCACGCAGGAUGGCCUCGAGGACAGAGCGAAGGCAAAGGCCCUCGAAAAGUUGCGGGGUAAGGACGAGGUGUGCUUCGCCGUGUCGGCCAACGAUCCGUCGGCCCUGCUGGCCCACGUGAACGAGCUCUUCCGCGAUCUGGGCCUCGCGCUGGUCUUCUGCGACGAUCCCUUCCGCCUCCGCGCGGAAGCCACCCAAUACACCUGGCGGCGGCGGCGGCGCGAGGAGAAGAAGCUGACUGAGCAAGCCCAGCCUGCCAACACGGCCCCUCUCGCACACCGAGAAGGAGGAGGAGAAGAGCCAGAGCGCUACAAGGCGUCGGCACUCACUCGGGAGGAGGAGACCGCCGAGGCGCUGCGGCUCGCCGAACUACAGGUGUAUCUGGGCCAGUACGAGCAAGUCACGAGGGCUCUCGAAGACGAUCCCGGUAACGCGGAGCUGCUCGAGGCGAGGAGCCACCUCGAAGAGUUCGUCUCCCUCACCCACCAGCUCUGGCAUGCCACCAGCCUUGAAACAACCACCGUGGCCUCCACUACGGACGUCCCGCUUCCUCGUCCUCCUCCUGUGCUGGCGGCACCCGACGGCGACAGAGCGACAGACUUCCAGACCACAACCAAGCCAGACCCCGCGUUCCAGUUUCAAGUGCAGGUAAUGCAAACUCAAGGCCCCGUCUACAUGCUGCAGUUCUCUUGGGUAAGUGGUGCAAGCAAAAGCAAGAUGGCCUUUCAUGAACUUUUUGACUACCUCAAGCAUGCUAUCACCACCAAGUUCCCUCGCGCCUGA